AUGACACGGCACAACCUGCUCGAUCUUGCAGAGUCGGAUUCAGACGAUAGCCUCAGCUUAGGCGCCCGCGCGCCCAGAACCACAGACAAGAUGCCCGCAGUAAAGAAAUCCGCCAGGGGCCGCGCUGCCGCGAACCGAGUCACAAAGGCAGAGCCCAAGACCGCGACGCGUCGCGCCGAUACAAAGAAGGCCAAGGCCGCGGAGGAAGGGAUAGAGCGCCAAGCGCUCGCCGACAGGCCAACGAACCAGCAGAAAAAAGGCGUGAGAGGACGCCGGGCCAAGCAAGCUGCUGAAGAGCCAGAUCAGGCUGAAGACGUCCUGGCGACGCCUCCUGGUAGCGAUGAGCCCGUGCGCACGAAAGCCGGUCGCGGUCGCCCGAGGAAGGAGGCUGUGAUUCCCGAAUCAGUGCAGAAGAAUGACCAGCCUGCAGCGAAGCGAGGGCGCAAGGCAGCCCAGGUCGAGGAGGCGGCGCCGCAACAGGAAAGCCCUGCUGAGGUUCCCGAGACCCAGUUCGAGGACGUGAUGGAUGUGGACCCUGAAGAGCAAGACCAGGUAGAAGAUCUCCCGACCGCUUCCAAACGGGCAUCCAGCACUUCAUCCCUGGAGAGCGAUCCCUCCGUCAGGAGACGACUGGGCGAAAUGACAAAGAAGUACGAGGCCUUGGAGCUCAAAUAUAGAGAUUUGAAGAAUGUGGCUGUGAUGGAGGCCGAGAGGACCUUCGACCGGCUUAAGAAGACCACCGAGGAGAAGACACAGACUGCCAACAAGCUCAUCUCAAGUCUGAAGAUCGAUCUCGAGGCACAGAGGCGUCUUGCCAAGGAAGGCCAGAAGGCCCAACAGCAGCUGGAGGCCAGCGAGGCCAAGAUUGACAGCCUGCAGGCCCAGAUCGCAGAGAUAACAAGUUCAUGGGCUGAGUCCAAGACUGAAAUCAAAGCACUCACGACGAAGCUCAAUGCGGCGCGGGCGGCUGAGGCGACAGCAACUGCUCACGCGCAAGCCGCUGGAGUGCGGGUGCCUGGUAGCGCCAUAAAGCCCGGCGCUAUGGCCGCACGAGGGCUCGACGGUGCCCAGAUCCAGGCGACACAGACAGCCAAGAUGAAGGAGAAUCUAUACAGCGAUCUGACGGGUCUGGUGGUAACCGGCAUCAAGCGAGACGGGCCUGAGGAUGUAUACGAUUGCAUCCAGACGGGUAGGAACGGAACCCUGCACUUUAAGCUCGCCAUCCCCAACGAGACCUCUGACGAGAACCUGGAAGAGGCCGAGUUUAUGUACAAGCCACAGCUGGAUGAACGCCGCGACAGCGAACUCAUCGACAUGUUGCCUGACUAUCUGGUGGAGGAGAUCACAUUCCCAAGGCCACAUGCUGCGAAGUUCUAUUCUCGGGUUCUCAAGUCCUUGACGGAGAAGCUUGAUUGA